AUGGCCGCGCACGAUGCAAUAACCACGGAAAUCCCCUACGUCAAACGAAACCAUGACGGGCAAAUCCCGAACCAUGCGCAAAUGUUCUCCCAUGACGCCGGUUUUCUAGAUGUGCAGCUAGCAGAAGUCCGCAAUGCACGGGUAGCUGAUCAAAAGUUUUCAAUAUCCACGACUGGAUUCCAAUAUGCGCGGUUAGGCAGGCCUCCAGAUAUCGAUUACUUGGACGAAGAGCAAGUGAAAAAAUCAUACUUUCCGGAGCUUGAAAAGCUGGUGAAAGAACAGCUUGGUGCGUCUGAAGUAAAAGCUUUCCAUCAUGUGGUCCGCAACGUUAGCUAUGAGGACGGGAUGGCUUAUACCCGCAAGCAUCGCUGCCCGGCCCGAAGACCACACGUCGACGUGACCAGUGAAUUCGCUCCCAUUCUUAUGAGCUGGGACUGCCCAGACAUGCACGCCGACGUGCAUAACAACGGAAAGCACUGGCAAAUGGUCAAUGCAUGGAGGCCACUGAGAACGGUGCGAAAGAGCCCUGUGGCCGUGGCUAACACAGCGUCAAUGGCGUGGAAAGAUUACUUGAUCGUUCCGCAGCCCGAGGUCGGGCCCGGUGUUGAGGGCUACUGGUUGCAAAAGCCCCAAGAUGCAGGCAGGAGUCAUGAUUGGUGGUUCAUGGCCGAUCAGACAACCGAGGAGGUUUUGCUAUUUCUGCAGCAUGAUUCUAAUGGUGCUCAAGUGGUGGCUCAUACUUCGUUUACGUUGCCGGGGCAGAUGCCGAAGGAGCCAAGAGAGAGCAUAGAGACCACGUAA